CGUCCUCUUCCGGGUGCGUUACUGAACAGGACUAAUUACCACGAGACUGAAGAGUGUGGCUCUGGCCCCGCAACUCUUCUCUGAUCUUCUGAGCAGCCCGUGUGUGCAGAAUGCCCCACAAGAUCGGAUUUGUAGUGGUCAGCUCUUCUGGACAUGAAGAUGGUUUCAGUGCCCGGGAACUAAUGAUCCAUGCACCAACUGUCAGUGGCUGGAGGUCACCAAAGUUCUGCCAGUUUCCACAAGAAAUUGUCCUCCAGAUGGUGGAGAGGUGUCGAAUAAGAAAACUGCAGUUGCUUGCUCAUCAGUACAUGAUUUCCAGUAAGGUCGAGUUCUACAUCAGUGAAAGCUUGCCUGAGUACUUGGUGCCGUACCAAGGAGAGCGGUUCCGCAGACUGGGCUACGUCUCCCUGUGUGACAAUGAGAAGACAGGCUGCAAGGCCCGGGAGCUCAAGUCUGUUUAUGUGGAUGCCGUGGGGCAGUUUCUUAAACUGAUUUUUCACCAAAACCAUGCCAACAAGUACAACAUAUAUAAUCAGGUGGCUUUGGUUGCGAUAAAUAUCAUUGGAGACCCUGCAGAUUUUGGUGAUGAAAGCAAUAUUACCUCUAGAGAGAAGCUGAUUGACCAUUACCUUGGCCACAGUCCCCACAACGAGGACCCAGCCCUAGAAGGAACUUUUGCUGGGAGAUCUGACUAUAUUUCUCCGCUUGAUGACUUGGCAUUUGACAUGUACCAAGACCCUGAAGUCGCACAGAUCAUCCGCAGGCUGGAUGAAAAGAAACGGGACGCUGUCAAGAAGGAGCGCUACGACCACGCAAAGAAACUGAAGCAAGCGAUCGCUGACUUACAGAAGGUCGGUGAGCGCCUGGGUCGCUAUGAGGUGGAGAAGCGCUGUGCAGUAGAGAAAGAAGACUAUGACCUGGCCAAGGAGAAGAAACUGCAAAUGGCACGCUACCGUGCCCAGGUGUACGAACAGCUGGAGCUGCAUGGCCUCCUGCAGGGCGAGCCAGAGAUGCAGAGGCCCUUCGCUUUGCCGCUCCAGCCCCUUGCAUCUCCCAGCAGCCCCCAGCACUGGAAGGCAGUGUCCUCACUCCCACGCACAGAAGAGCUGCUAACAGAAGACACGCUUGCAGGCCCCGCCCUCCAGGAAAAGCCCUUGGCAUCUACCUUGGCAUCUUCUCCUCGGCACUCAGCAGUGGACCAGUCCCCGCCUGCCGCAGGCCCUGCACCAAGGAGCCAUGUAGACGCCCUGCCCUAUGAUGAACGGCCUCUUCCUAUUACUCGAAAGCAGCUGGGGGAAGCUUCUGCAGAGCCAGCAAUGAGAGAGGCAGACAGCAGUGAUGUCCGCAGACAGGGCGUCUCAGGGGAGCCAGAGCCCUUGACAGAGAAGGCCUUGAGAGAAGCCAGUUCUGCCAUCGACACCUUGGGCGAAGCCUUGGUGGCUGGGGCCUAUUCCAAGACAUGGUCCUGCCGAGAAGACGCACUGCUGGCAUUGUACAAGAAGCUGAUGGAGAUGCCUGUCGGAACCCAGAAGGAGGACUUGAAAAACAUGCUCAGAGCAUCCAUCUUUCUCAUCAGAAGAGCCACAAAGGACAUUGUGAUCUCGGUCUUUCAGGCGUCAUUGAAACUGCUGAAAAUGAUAAUUACGCAGUUCAUUCCCAAGCACAAGCUGAGCAAGCUGGAAACAACACACUGUGUGGACAGAACAGUCCCCCUUUUACUCGCCAGAACCGGAGACUCCUCUGCUCGCCUCCGCAUCUUAGCUUUGAAUUUCAUUCAGGAAAUGGCCUUGUUUAAGGAUGUGAAGUCUCUCCAACUCAUUCCAUCCUACCUGGUGCAGCCGCUGAAGGCCAAUGCUUCCAUUCACCUGGCAAUGAGUCAGGCGGACCUUCUGGCCCGACUGCUGAGAGACCUAGGCACUGAGAACUCAGGCUUCACCGUGGACAGUGUGAUGAAGUUCGCACUGAGCGCCCUGGAACACAAGGUGUAUGAGGUGCGAGAGACCGCAGUCAGAAUCAUCCUGGACAUGUACCGGCAGCACCCAGCCCUCACCCUCGAGCACCUUCCUCCAGAAGACAGCAACACACGCAGGAGCCUUCUCUACAAAGCCAUUUUUGAGGGGUUUGCUAAGAUAGACGGCAGGCCCACGGAGGCCGAAGUCAGGGCCCAGAAAAGAGCAGCCACCAAAGAAGCAGAAAAACAGAAGAAAGAAGAGAUGAAGGCUCUUCAGGGCCAGUUGGCAGCACUGAGAGAGAGCCAGGCUGAAGCCCAGGAGAAGGAGGAUGAUGCUGUGAAGCUCAAGAAUCAAGACCCUCAAGAAAGGAGAGCUGCCCUGCCUGACUCUCCAGAAAGCCCGGAUAACCACUAUUUGGAUAAUCUGUGCAUCUUUUGUGGGGAAAGGAACGAGUCCUUCACAGAAGAGGGCCUGGACCUCCACUACUGGAAAUACUGCCUCAUGCUGGCGAGAUGUGACCACUGCAGGCAGGUGGUUGAGAUAUCCAGCCUGACAGAGCAUCUGCUGACAGAGUGUGACAAACGGGAUGGGUUUGGGAAGUGCCACCGCUGCAGCGAGGCUGUUCCCAAGGAGGAGCUUCCCAGGCACAUCAAAGCCAAGGAGUGCAACCCUGCCAAAUCGGAGAAGGUGGCAAACCGAUGUCCCCUGUGUCAUGAGAACUUUGCCCCUGGAGAAGAGGCAUGGAAGGCUCAUCUGAUGGGCCCUGCCGGCUGCACAAUGAACCUGCGGAAGACACACGUUCUCUACAAGGCCACAGCCCCGCAGCAAGGGAAGGGCCCAGCAGCAUCGAAGUCAGGCACCUCAGGACCCAAGGUUGGAAGCAAGAUCCCCACCCCAAAGGGGGGCCUGAGUAAGAGCUCCAGCAGGACGUACACGAGACGGUGACAGUUACCACUUCUGUCUCUGCCAGGGCCUGUGCAAGUUUCCCAUUUCCCCAUCCGAAGCCGUGUGUGUUGACGUAGUGAUGCAGGGUUCCGUACCUGCUGUCCCUUGGCCUCUGUGUGACUGUCUGUUCUCACAGGAAUGGAGUGUAUGGAUAUGACCAAAGACCCCUUCCUGAGCUAGGCCCCACAGUGCUGGGCCCUUUGUGCUCAGGCAAGAAGUACCUCUCACUCAGGAAGCCGCAAGGGCAGCACCCACUUUCCUUACUACUGAGAUGCACCCCAGACUUUGAGCUCACUGGUGUCUGUUGCACAUGGUAGACUUUGUACAGGGCUGAGCUCAGCUUUGGUGGCCCUGGAGGAC